AUGGACAAAUCAUGGAUGAUGGAGAAUAGGAUGUCUAGGGAGUAUGAAUUGGGAGUGGAAGCGUUCAUUCAAUUUGGUUUUCGUCAUGCUAAAGGUUCCAGUACUAUCAGGUGUCCAUGUUUGAAAUGUGGGAACCGUUUGCCGCAAGACGAAUCAACAGUCAGAUAUCAUCUAUAUGCCAAUGGGAUCGAUCAAAGCUAUAAGAUAUGGUUUUGGCAUGGCGAAUCUUUUACAUCAGAGACUUCAUGUAAUCGACAGGCUUACACGAACGAAGAAACGGUGGACGAUGAUUUAUUUCAUGUGAUAAAUAUGGUUCAAAAUGUCCGCGAUCAGUUUUCUGAAGUACCUAAUACGUUUGACAAUAUGUUCGAUGAUGCAAAGAAGCCUCUAUUUCCUGGUUGUAAAAGAUUCACAAAGUUAUCAGCAUUAGUUAGGCUAUACAACCUGAAGGUUAGAUUUGGAUGGAGUAAUGCUAGCUUCUCCAAACUACUGGCAACGAUUAGCGAGUUAUUGCCUGAAAAUAAUAAAAUGCCGAUAUCCAUGUAUGAAGCAAAAAAAACGCUUACUGCUUUGGGCCUUAGUUAUCAAAAAAUAGAUGCAUGCCCUAACGAUUGUUGCUUGUAUAGAAAAGAUCUGGCAGACAUCAGUAGGUGUCCUAAAUGUAACACUUCGAGGUGGAAGACAAGUAAAAACUCAAAUGAAGAGAUUAAGGGAGUUGCAGCUAAACAGCUGUGGUAUUUUCCAAUUGUUCCGAGGUUCUUAAGGAUGUUCAAGAACUCCGAAUAUGAAAAGCACUUGUGUUGGCAUGCAAAUGACAGGAAAGUAGACGGUGUGUUAGGGCAUCCAGCUGAUACUCCAUCUUGGAGGUUGGUAGACCAUUUGUGGCCAGAUUUUGGGUCCGAACCGAGAAACCUCCACUUGGGGUUGUCCACAGAUGGCAUCAAUCCAUACGGAGAUUUAUCAACGAAAUAUAGUUGUUGGCCUGUGAUUGCUACAAUAUACAACCUUCCACCAUGGCUAUGUAUGAGGAGGAAGUAUUUGAUGUUAACUAUGUUAAUCUCGGGACCUAAGCAACCAGGAUACAACAUAAAUGUCUACCUAGCACCUUUGAUUGAUGAUCUCAAACUUAUGUGGGAAGAAGGUGUUCAGUGUUUUGAUGCACAUAGAAAUGAAAGAUUCACCCUGCGAGCUGUCUUACUGUGGACUAUCAAUGAUUUUCCUGCAUACGGAAACCUGUGUGGGUGUAGCGUGAAGGGGUAUAAGGCUUGUCCAAUAUGUGGGGAGGAAACUUCUUCUAUAAGACUACCACAUGGGAAGAAAAAUGCAUAUAUGGGACAUAGAAAAUACUUUCCACGUCAUCACCCUUAUAGGAGACAAAAGAAAGCAUUUGAUGGUAAUCAGGAGCAUGGAACACCUCCUCUCCCUUUAUCAGGCGAGACAAUUUAUAAUAGACUUAAGGAUAAGACCUUUCCAUGCGGUAAAAGGUCUACUAGAAGGUUGAAUGAAGAUAUUUCGAACGACUACUGGAAGAGGAUUUCUGCAUUUCUAUGA